UGAUGGGAGGAGCACGCCCCUCGGGUUUGCUGGUGCUGUUGUUUCUCACGGUCCACCACGCUUGGGGACAGUCGUCAAUAGUCGAUGGAGGUCCAAAACUGUUCCGGCUGAAUGAUGGAAAUGAAAUCCCGGCCGUCGCCCUCGGAACAAGUUUGGGCCAUUUAGCCGACGGAACAAGGGUGUUGCCAGUGAACCAUUCGUUGGCACUCGCCGUACAAUGGGCUCUGGAGGCUGGCUACAAACACAUUGACACCGCCAGCCUGUACCGGGUUGAAGACGAGGUCGGGCUUGGCGUACGAGAAUAUGUUAAAGCAAAUAACGCGGACAGACGUGACGUGUACGUCACUGGUAAGCUAUGGAACGAUGCACACGAAAGAGCUGAAGUAAUACCAGCACUCAGGAAAUCUCUAGAGGACUUGCAAAUGGACUAUCUAGAUUUAUACUUAGUGCAUUAUCCAAUGGCUUAUAAGAAAGAUGGAAGAAUUAGUUUGACAGAUUAUUUGGAAACCUGGAAAGGUAUGGAAGAUGCUAAAAUGCAUAAUUUAACCAAAUCGAUUGGAGUAUCCAACUUUAAUCUGACACAAUUACAGAGGCUAUGGGAUAAUUCAAAAAUCAAACCAGCUGUUUUGCAAAUAGAGGUGAAUCCCACUAUAACCCAAAAUGAGUUGACGGAAUGGUGUGCCCAAAAUGGGGUAGUUGUCAUGGCCUAUAGUCCAUUUGGCGGAAUCCUGGGUCGGAAGAAGGAUGCACCACCACCUCGCUCUGAUGAUUCAGAACUGGUAGAGAUAGCGAAUAAGUAUAAGAAGACCGUGCCGCAAGUGCUAUUAAGAUAUCUACAUGGUCUUGAUCGUCACAUCAUACCUAUACCACGAUCAACAAACAAGGAGCGAAUUAGACAAAAUAUAAACAUAUUCGACUUCAACCUAUCGCCCGAAGAAGUCUCAAGAAUUUCCAAAUUCAACAGAAACUACAGAUUGAGAACUCCAGCUAAAUGGUACGACAAUCCACAUUUUCCAUUUGAGAAGAAAAACCUUACUCAAGAAGAAAUAAAGUACAUCAUCGAACACAGUAAAGAAGAUUAGCAUACUUAUACAAAUU